AAUUUAUCACGCUGUCCCGAAACGUCCUAUUGACACGUGAAAAUAACUUGUGCACAAGAGCAUUAGUCUGUUACACUGAUCUGUCUUAGCGAAUGUAGUAUGAGCGCGUGGAAGAGUCUACAAGAGCAUAAGUAUGGAUGAUGACAGUUAUAUUCAGUCAUUCGUAAACGAGUUAACAAACCGAACAACAACAACAACAACAUCAAAAAUUGCAACAAUAAAAAUGGAUCGAUUUAUCAUCAGAAAUCCUACUUCAGCAAAUUGUAAUACUUCAUCAGGCAAAUCAAGUGGGUCAAGAAUGAAACAAACAACUAUAGAAUCUCUGAAAGGGGUGGUUGUUGUGGAUGAUAUUCUGCAUCAUAAAUCACGACUCCAGCUUUCAACAUCUUCAAAAGAAGAAAAACUUAAUAGCCUUAAUGAGCUUGGCAAGAAAACUCCACCUCGACACAUCAUGAUGAGCACCAAAAUAGGAAGGGUGAUCAAUAAGUUACGGAACAGUGAAGAUGAAGAUAUAAAGAAAGCUGCAAAGAAGGUAUAUGUGAAAUGGAAAAGUCAUUUUGUGGAGCACAUGGAUCGUCCCAUGAUUGAAGUAAAAUGUGAUCUGAAGACAGAAAAAUUGAGGACAUCAGGGACCAAACUGUUGACAGAGGCUUUGAGUGUACAACCCUCAGAUAAACUUCCAGAGACCAUAGAGAGAGAGACAUUUCAACAACACAAAAGACUGAUAAAUAACAGUUACAGAAGAACUAUCAGACAUCUUGUGUUUACAUUGAAAAAUCAGGAAGAAGUAAGAACUAAAGUCAAAUCAGGGGAAACAACUGUGUCUGACUUUGUGAAGGACAAUAAGAAAAGCUGAUAAUGAAAGAAUAGUAGGAAAAUAGGAGGUAUAAUUGAUUGAAGCAGUUGAUUAUUCGUAAUAUGCCAGGGUGAAUUUCAUUUGUAAUUCUAGUGAAGGAUUACUCUGUCGCAGCAUUUGAAAUGUGAAAGUAGUUAUCAUUUUUCUAAUAUCAAGCAAACAGGAGUUCCUGGUGUUGAUUAAAACAUGGUGAAGAAAGAACUGGACAUCAUGGCGUUUCAUGUUUCCAUUCAACUGCAGAUCAUCAUGAUAUCUUAGUAGCAAGAAUAGAACAUCUGUCUGUUUUAUACAAUUGGCAUCAAUUUCAGAACAGCAUUGUAGACAGUUUCUUGGAAAAAUAUAUUAUGCCACAAGUCGGUAAUGGAAACAAUUAGUUUUAAUUUUAAUAGUCUGAACAGGAUGUGAAUGAUAAAGAAAAUUGAGUUUGUGAACUUGUCUGUGGUAGAUAUAUACUGUUUUUGUUUUUUUAGAAGCUUGUUGUGUCGUGAUAUACAGUAAACUGCAGUUGUAACGAUAUCACUUGUUACAAUACAUCAGAUUAAAAAUGCAAUUUUUAAAGUCCCUGCUUAUAUUACUCCCUAUUAAGUUUCAUUAAACGCACACUGUUUAAGAUAUCUCAUGUUGUGAAAAAUUGGCUAUAGUACACUUUCAUGGUUCCUAGGUCACUUUUUUUCAUCUUUAAAGUGAUAAUUGCCACAAUUGCAAAUGGGUGAGAAAUUCACACAUUCGCUUGAUUAGAUUGCAACAGUUGAACAUGUUCUUUGUUUAUUAAGCAAGUUAAUUGUUAUUUUUAUACACUAUGAUUAUUACCGAUUAAGGCUUUGAUUUCAUACUCACAUUAUUUAGCCAUUAUACAAUUUGAUAUUUAUGCAGAUUUGUGUGCAUUUUUAUUGUCACUUAAAAAUGACCGAUUAUUUGAAGUAAAUACUGUCGUCAGCUUCAACAAUAGACUUUACCCUUUUAGAGAUUUUUAUUUCCGUUUUUAAGUGUUUUACAUGUACAGCAGUAUUAAUUAACAGUUUCAUAUGUGUUUUAAAAUUGAUCUUAAAUAUCUAGCAUUUUGAACGAUGAUUUAUCACUAGUUUAUUAAAGUACAGAGCACUCGCA